UGCAUGACUGGCUCAUUUGGGCUGCUUUUUUAUUAUGCUUGUAUGCAUGUUUUGUAUUCGGUGGAUGAGUCUGUGAUAGUUCGAUAUGCUGAACAUAAAUACAGCCGUGAGCGCUAAUAAUUAGUGGUGGCAUCUGUAGUCAUUGGAGACGAGAAAAUACGCUCGUAAUCACGCUUUCCGCAAGGUGUGUUGUCUUAUCGCGAAGAUUGCACGUACGUGCAACCUGCGUUAAACAUGAAAACAGUUGUCGAGCAGCCUCUUGCGCCAGAGGAACGCUAGGGAUACUUGAACAGCACUUUCACUAAAGCAGCACACAUGAGGGUGGGCAGGCGUGUUCUGCAUGUUCCUUCGUUAUUUUUAUUAUUAUUUUUUUUUGUGUUGAGACAGUUCCGGUAAACCAGUUUACACUUAAACGAUAAAUAUUGGGGGAGCACAACUCUUUGUUGAAGCAGCUUUUGAAAAGUGUCUCCAUUUUGUGCUGAAACUACUUUAUUUCUUGUUAGGAGGUGGACUGGCACCUUGGGCCAUGGCCCCCGUCCACCAUUUGGUGGGAUCGAUCGCUGGCCGCAUAUCAAUGAGGGUAGAGAACUCUUUCGAUUCAGAUGGAACCGAAUACCAGCCCCCCGUCAAAAGUCUACCUGUGAUGAGGCUACUGCAGGCAAUGGUCAAUGGGCAAAAUGAGCUGGACUUUGACUUUCUAGAUGAUCAAUGGGAUGCUGCCAGCCUUGCUGAGCAAUCACAGCCACCAGCAGGUACUGGAACAAAUGAGGACACCUCCUCCUCUUCAGUCGUACAGCCCAAUGCCGACGAAAAUGCUACUGCAGAAGGCCACACCAACAGCUCUAAUGCUUCUGGAGCUGCUGUCAGCUGCACUUAAGUUGCAGCAACUGCCACUGGUGAUGCCUGCAGGACUCUAAGGGCGCAGAUGGCCCUUUUGGAAAAGACGAACGCUGAAAAUGAUGUCUGUUCAGGGCUGCUGAGGGAGGAGUCUCUCUGUGAGCGCUUCACGAGGACCACGCCGCCAUGCUGCAGGAAUGAGCAGAAAAGAGGGCCUUUCAAAAGCAAGUUGAAGAGUUUGAGCUUAUGAAGUGAAAAAAUGAGCUCGAGAAACAAAAGCUGGACAUUGAGAUCCUUCAAAUAGAAAAAUAAAUUAAAAAAGAACAGCUCCGCAGGUUGCAGUGUACUGUGACACCUGAAAAAUAAAAGAAUC